AUGAAUUCAAAUGAAUUACAAUUGUUUGAUAAGUUGUUAUUUCCGAAGUCAAACCAUCUAAAUAUAUAUGACUUUCCAUUGGAAUUGGAUUAUCACGACAUAAGACCACUGAACGACAAUUACUAUCGUUUUGAUAACUUUAUGAGAAAAGACAUCAGUAGUGAACCGUUUGAAUUGCCGGUACAAUUGAAGGACAAACCGGGAAAAGUUAUUUACUUUUCAAUGGGAUCUAUGGGUGCGGUAGAUGUCAAUAAUAUGAAGCGUUUCAUUGUUAUAUUAGAAAAAUCUAAAAACCUAUUCAUAGUAUCAAAGGGACCGUUAGGUGAUAAGUACGAUCUGUCGGACAAUAUGUGGGGUCAGCCAAGUGUACCGCAAACACAAGUCCUGCCAUUAGUUGAUUUGGUUAUAACUCACGGCGGAAACAAUACUAUUACUGAAUGUUUUUACUUUGGAAAGCCUAUGAUAGUUAUGCCACUGUUUUUCGAUCAGUACGAUAACGCACAGAGAGUCCAUGAAAAAGGGUUUGGUAUACGACUCGAUGCCUACAUGUGCUCUGGAGUUGAGUUAUUGUUAGCCAUCGAAACACUUUUGGCAAACAAAUCUUUGACAACAAAAUUGCAAAAAAUAUCGCAAAGAAUUCAAACUGAAAACAGUUUAACAAAAUUACCGCAACUUUUGGAAAGUUUUGUCGAAAAUAAUCGUUUCAAACAAAAUCCUAAAACAGAUUUCAGUUGUCAAUUACUUUAA